CAGUACCACCCACUGCGCAGAGAUACUAAAGGGGUCCGGUGGUGCUGCGCUUGCACUCACGGGGCGCCUAGCCGACUACGACUCCCAGAAAGCAUCUAGCUUUCUGCGGUUCAGGAGGUAGUCAAGGGGGCGGCCCACCCGAACCGGGGUUGCCAUGGAGACGAGGUGGCUGACGGCGUCCUAGUGAGAGCGGUGAUUGGUGCAGAACCCUGCAAAUCCCUGGAAGGCCCGCAGAGAAUUGACAAAAAUGUGGUGGGGGGCAUGCGCGGUCUGGAAGGCGGUGGUGCCAUCCGAUGCCCCCCGAGAGGAUUGCGCACGUCGACGGGGCCCCGACGCCUGGAUUCGAGACGGGGAGUGUGGGAAGAGACGGCCAGGAGUGCGACCUGAUCGUUGCGACCAGCACAAUCCCCUGGGGACGGGAAGAAGGGGACAGACACGGGCCUCAGAGAUCUGAUCUGGUAGUCCUGAUGAGACCCACUGCGCUGGGCUCCCCAGGCCGUUCAUCCCCAGAAAAUGAGCCCUUUGUGGUGAAGCUGGAGGACUCUGAGGAGGAGGGAGAAGGUACUCUGUGGGACCCAGGCCCUGACGCUGCACGCCUACGCUUCCGCUGCUUCCGAUACGAGGAGGCAGUUGGUCCUCAGGAAGCCCUGGCCCAGCUCCGAGAGCUGUGUCACCAGUGGCUACGCCCAGAGGUGCACUCCAAGGAACAGAUGCUGGAACUCUUGGUGCUGGAACAGUUUCUAAGUGCACUGCCUCCUGAAAUCCGGGCCCGUGUGCAAGGGCAGUGGCCAGGCAGCCCUGAAGAGGCUGCUGCCUUGGUUGACAGGCUUCGAUGGGAUCUGGAUGGACCUAGGAAAUGGGUCACAGUCCAGGUACAGGGGAAGGAGGUCCUAUCGGAAAAGAUGGAACCCUCCAGCUUCCAGACUGAAACUGGCCCUGGGGCCAUUCGGAAAUUGCUGACGGACCUUCAAAUGAAAGAGGAAACAGAGGUGGUGGAGAAUCCAGAACUCCUGGAGUCUGGGCCUCUUCCUGCUGCCCAAGAGGCUGCAGCUGCCCUCCUACCUAAGGAGGCCCAGGGCCAUGGGACAGCACUGGACCAGACCUCUCCUCACAGCGACACUGAGCCUGAUGUGCCCCCAUGGAGUGAGGACCCCGUGGCCCUGUGGCAUGAGGAAGUAGGGGGCAUCUUCUCGCCAGGGUUUGCGCUACAGAUGGACAGCAUCACGGCAGAGCCAGAGACGGUGAGCCCUCGCCUCCAUGUUCCUUGGGAUCUCGACAUGGCUAGCCUCUCUGGACAGAUGCAGUCCCCCUCCCGAGAAGGUGGCUUCUCCCAUGCCCUCCUACUCCCCGGCGACCAAGGAGGUGAACAGGACCCUGCCUGCGAGGAUCCCUGCCCCGGUGCGGGCCCAGCACUGGUGGCCACUCUCUGGCACGCCCCAAAGGGCCGGAGCAGGGGCCGCCCUAGCACCGGGACUGGAGCGAUGCGAGGCGGCCGCUGCGACGUGUGUGGCAAGGUGUUCAGCCAGCGAAGCAAUCUGCUGCGGCACCAGAAGAUCCACACCGGCGAGCGACCGUUCGUGUGUGGCGAAUGCGGCCGCAGCUUCAGUCGCAGCUCUCACCUGCUGCGCCACCAGCUCACGCAUACGGAGGAGCGGCCUUUCGUGUGCCUAGACUGUGGCCAGGGCUUCGUGCGCAGCGCGCGCCUGGAGGAGCACCGGCGGGUGCACACGGGUGAGCAGCCAUUCCGCUGUGCAGAAUGUGGCCAGAGCUUUCGGCAGCGCUCCAACCUUCUGCAGCACCAGCGCAUCCACGGCGACCCGCCGGGCCGGGCACCACCCACCCUGACUCUCUCCGGAGUCCCCGAGCCCCCGGGCCCCUUCCCGUGCAGCGAGUGCUGUGAAAGCUUCCCGCGACGCGCCGUGCUGCUGGAGCACCAGGCGGUGCACACCGGGGACAAGUCCUUCGGAUGCGUGGAGUGCGGCGAGCGAUUCGGCCGCCGCUCGGUGCUGCUGCAGCACCGACGCGUGCACAGCGGCGAACGGCCCUACGCCUGUGCUGAGUGCGGCCAGAGCUUUCGGCAGCGCUCCAACCUCACCCAGCACCGGCGCAUCCACACCGGCGAGCGGCCCUUCGCCUGCGCCGAGUGUGGCAAGGCCUUCCGCCAGCGGCCCACGCUCACGCAGCACCUGCGUGUGCACACGGGCGAGAAGCCCUUCGCCUGCCCCGAGUGCGGCCAGCGCUUCAGCCAGCGACUCAAGCUCACGCGCCACCAGAGGACCCACACGGGCGAGAAGCCCUACCGCUGCGCUGAGUGCGGCCUCGGCUUCACGCAGGUGUCCCGGCUCACCGAGCACCGGCGCAUCCACACAGGUGAGCGGCCCUUUGCUUGCCCCGACUGCGGCCAGAGCUUCCGGCAGCAUGCCAACCUCACCCAGCACCGGCGCAUCCACACGGGUGAGCGGCCCUACGCGUGCCCCGAGUGUGGCAAAGCCUUCCGCCAGCGGCCCACGCUCACGCAGCACCUGCGCACCCAUCGGCGCGAAAAGCCCUUCGCCUGCCAGGACUGUGGUCGCCGUUUCCACCAGAGCACCAAGCUCAUUCAGCACCAGCGCGUGCACAGCACUGAGUAGGCCAAAGGUUGAUGUGAGGCUGGCAUCACCC